UUCUGCUGGGAUAUUUACGGCUGAACUUUUCCAAUUCACCCCAGCCAGCUUCUCCUUGUUCAUGAUCGAACGCAACGCCGGGGUCAUCCAAGUCACUCCGAGUUGUUCAUUGCACUGUACAUGUGAAGUGUGCCAGCGAGAUGCAGUAUGUUCACAGGGAAGGCUACGCGAGAACUCGGGGAGGGAAUACACGAGGAGCUCGCGAUAUGAUCUGGGAGAAUGGUAUGUGAUGCUUUAGUCAGAUAUUCUUAGCAGUGAACGUGUUUCAACCAACCAGAAUAGCAAACUUUUCUAACCGGAAGCAAAUAUUUUAUCGGAGCACGGUACCAGAAAACGAUUUUGCCGACAUGCCGUGGCAUUUUCCACUAUUUCCACCAGUUAUCAAUCCAAACUUUGUACACAGCCGCCCUCCUUCGCCAGUUUUAGAUGACUCCAGGAGUACUGCAACAUCAUACUAUCCUACGUCUGCUUUUAUUCCACCUCCGCCAGCUCCACCUCUACCAAUAUCAUGUCCACCGCCUUGGACGAGCUACCAGACCAGCCCUUCACCCCAGCGCUGUCGGAGCCCAGGGUACGUCGUUGACAUAACGAUGACCCAAUCGGGGUUCCCAAGGCAGAUAGACUGGGCGGAACGUCCACAGACCCCUCCUCCACCGUUAACUCCUGUGUCUCGACCUGAUACCCCACCGGAAGAGAGGGCACUUAUGUCCAUGGCAAAGCAGCAGUCUAUUGCAGAUCAGGCUAAGAAAGAGCGGGAUGACAAAGAAAGGCAAGAACUCACAGCAGAAGCAGCGCAAAUCCAGAGGGCAUUGGAGGAGAGUCGGAGAACGGCUAUUGAAGAGGCCAGGAGAGAGCAAUUCAAGAGAAGCAGACAAAUGUCGGCUACUGAAGAUGCUCAAUUGCUUAACGCGAUAGAAAACAGCCGAGAUACGGCUGCAAAAGAACUCCAGAAUCGCAGAAGCCUUGAGCAGUCGCGAGAGCCAGUUCGUGGGAGGGUGGUAGCUCAAAAGCCAGAGACACAACCGUCACACGACUUUCACACUCAAACAACGGAUCGAGAAUUAAAAGCUGCCCUCGCUGCUUCGAACGAAGAAGCAUCUCGACAGAGUUUCGAGGACGACAAAGACGCCAGAGCCCUGCAGAGUACUAUAGAGCAAUCCCUUGCUUCUAUUGCAAUAGAUAGCAAGCGUGCUGUUCCAACGCAAGGUUGGCAGGGGUAUGAAAAUGCCAAGCGCAAGGAGGUUUUCGAAGCGGAGUGGGAUGGGUACCGCCGUGCGGAAUUCAAUGCUGGACGUGCAGAUCCAGAGGUAAUGUAUGCGAGAGGUCCUUCUAUUCACUCUGAUGGACAAGACUCCGAUGAUGAGUUUGUAAGGGUGAAUCCUAGUAUCCCACCUGGACUACGACACCACCUUGAAGGCAGGAACGAAGUGCAAGCAGCAGGGGCAUUGCCAGAGAACCGGUCUGUAGCACGAAUGUUCGCUAACGCACGAGAAACGGAGGAGGAGAAUAGGCGUGGAUGGCGCCCUCAGCUAGAGCAGCGUAGAGUGCGUGAGAACGUGACGCGGCAGGUAAGUACAACGAUAGAUAAUAGACCAAAGCGACGAGUCAGGUUUUCAAGUCCUGCGGAUACAAGUAGACUUAGGAGAGCAAGUUCGCCAGCACCAGCUUAUAGACAUUGGUCUCCAGGGCCGAGAGAGCGACGAAAAUAUGAAGUUCAAGAGCCGACGAGAAGACGUGCGGUCUCACCGCACGUGACCGUUAGGAAGGAGAGGGUCAAAAUGGAUAUAAGCAGGGGAAAAGGGUUUAGUUAUGUGGUGACGAAGGAGUGAUAAUGGAGAUAGGAUGUAGUGGACGGUGAUUAUUUGAGUGUUCUAGGGGACACAAUGAGAUGGAGGACGUCUGACGAGGUAUGGUGUGGUAUGACUUAUGAAACGACAUGAUGCUUUGUUGAAGCGCAUAGCAUGGAAAUAUAGACUUACAUGAGACAAGGAUCUAAAUAGUAGUCAGAUCUAAGGCCGUUUUGUAGAUGCUAUCAAUGGAGAAGCCAUGGGAUGUGGGAAUUCGCCAUAGCGAUGCUUUACGAUGUGCUACAAUACAUGAGCUAGAUGAUAAGGUCACAAUGCCAUUGACUUCUGUGCUCUUCCUCUGACUUCUACUUUGACGUCUGAUUCCAUGUUUUGAGUACGUACGCCGGGAAGGGCAGCGCCGAGGUCGAAGGCUAAGCGGGCACACA